AUGGGUAUACUGGUGAUUGCGGUAGACCUGCAAUGCUGCCGCUGCAAGAAGAAGAUCAACGAUGUCCUGAAGUGCCUCCAAGAGGAUUACUGCAUCGAGAAGAUUGAGUACGAGCACAAGGCCAACAAGGUGAUCGUCCGCGGCAAGUUUGACGCGGAGAAGCUCCGCCAGAAGAUCUUGUGCAAGGCCUGCAAGGUCGUUCAGGAGAUCAUCAUCGUCGACGUAUGGCCACCGCCUCGGCCAACAAAUACAUGCGUGCCAGAGCCCCAGACGCCGAAACGAACAUGCAAGUUCGUGCCAUGCCCGUGUCCGAUGCCGUACCCUAUGCAGUGCUACUUGAACUGCCCUCCGCAGCAGUGUCUCUGCUGCCCUACCCCCAUGUCACAUCACCAUGGCGGCUGCUGCUGCAGCAGCAGCAAACCAGCGCUACCACCGCCAUGCAACUGGUUAAACCACAGAGGCUGCACCUGCAGCAGGCAGCCAAACUGGCCGCCGCCCACUUGUCCUCCAUUGUUCCCUCCACUAUGCUGGAUCGAGGAGUGCCCGCGGGACCCCUGCUCCAUCAUGUGA